GCCAUUGCCGCGUUUGUCCAUUCUUCUUAAGCACGGCCAAAAGAAACUGCAGAGGAAAAAAUAUAAGAAAACCCAUCAUUGGAAGUCUGCAGAGGAACAGAGAGAACAAAUAAAAAAGGCGAAAAAAGAAAAAUUUCUCGAAAAAAGGAUCCGUUGAUGAAAGGGAAAUCGAAGAGCUCGAAGAGAAAGCUAGGGCAAGCAACUGCCCUUUUAUUGUGCUUACUUUGUUUCCUUGCUGGCUUGUUUGUUUCAACUUUCUUCUCCCAGGAUGUGCCGGUUAUUAAACCCGUAUUGAGAAAGCUGGAAGUGGUCCAUGUGGAAGGCGAGAAGCAUGGUGGUCUGAUGCCAAAUGGAGAAACUGGGGAAAGCUCGCUUGAAUCCAUCCCUUUUCAGGUUUUAAGCUGGAAACCACGAGCUUACUAUUUUCCCAACUUUGCAACUGCGGAACAAUGCAAACAUAUAAUCGAAAUGGCAAAGGUGAACCUCAAGCCAUCUACUUUGGCUUUACGCAAGGGAGAAACUGAAGAAAGCACUAAAGGAACCAGAACAAGUUCAGGAACCUUUAUUAGUGCAUCCGAAGAUAAAACCAGAACCUUGGAUUUGAUUGAGAGAAAAAUUGCAAAGGCUACAAGCAUUCCACAGAGUCAUGGAGAGGCAUUUAAUAUUUUGCGGUAUGAGAUUGGACAGAAGUAUGAUUCUCAUUAUGAUGCAUUCAAUCCGUCUGAAUACGGUCCACAGUCAAGCCAAAGGGUUGCAUCAUUCUUGUUGUAUUUAUCCGAUGUAGAAGAAGGUGGAGAAACAAUGUUCCCGUUUGAGAAUGGCAUGAGAAUUGAAGGCUAUGACUACAGACAAUGUGUCGGUUUAAAGAUAAAGCCGCAAAGAGGGGACGGACUGUUAUUCUACUCGCUGUUUUUGAAUGGCACCAUUGAUCUGACAUCUCUUCAUGGAAGCUGUCCAGUGAUCAAAGGUGAGAAAUGGGUUGCUACUAAGUGGAUUAGAGACCAAGAGCAAUUUGAUUAAUGAAGCUGCUUUAAAUUUCAG